AUGACAACUUCGUUUCAUUGUUCACUCACCACUUUCUUAUCAUCGUUAAUCACUGUUGUGAAGCUCGUCAUGCAAGGUUCUGCCGUGUACUACGUAGCAAUUGGCGAAGGUGGUUCUGGCAUCACACGCACACGCCCACACACUGCGAACGGCUUCGUUUUUCCCAUCGUCCUCAAGUUUUACUCUGAAACUGACGCCCAACAUGCCUUGAUGUUGAACGAACUCAUUGCGCUCCACGGCUUCCAUGACAAGCCAGCAUCAAUUGCUUUGAAACUGAAGAACUCGGUCAUUGCUCGCACGAUACUUCCCAACAUCGAGUGGUUUUAUCCUGUCUGCGCUGGCUACGAAAAAGGAGUAUUUGUGAACUAUAACGACUUGAAGCACUCGAUUCAACGGUUCAAAGGCCCAAGGUUCAGCAAAAUUACCAACUUGCGCGACGCUAUCAUUUUCAUGCUCCUCGAAGGGAGAACAAACGACUGGAACCUAGAGGAGGCGAAGAACUUGGGGGAUCUCGGAUUACGAGCUACUGUGCGCUCACCCAACCCAAAGGCCAAUCGUGCCACUAUUAUCAAGGCAAACUUCAGUAAAGCUGACGAAUCUUCCUCGGAGUCCUCUUCCAAUGACGAGCAAGAUCGCAUUGAGAAGCUCUCUGAGAAAUACGCCGACUUUGUUUAUACCUACAUCCGCCGCCCUAGCAAACCUCUCGAGGCUCACCGCACCAAGACCUUGGAUGCUGCUGACCUUCCCCAUAUCUCCCACGUCGUAAAUGACUACCUCACUGCUCACGGCUACACCGCUUCUUCUGUGGUGAAGAUCCUUCGGACGAAAGACAAGAGUCACUCUGGUGAGGAUUUUGCGGAAAAGAUGAUGAAAUAUGGUCCGGCAUUUGCAUACAAGGAGAUGAAAUUCUUGUGGAAUCUCUUCGUGUUCCAGGGCCGCCUCGCUGCGCGUAACCGUAAACUCAAGACAAAUAAAAUCCGAACGGCCUUGCAUGCACGCGCACCCCGCAACGUUAUCAAGCUUACCAGUGCGGAGAAGAAGGCCCGGAGGGAAAAGGCCCAGCUGGAACGUGGGGCAUACAAGGUUGCCAUGGAUGAAAUCCUUGAAUUGAUUCAUCAAAAGGCUGAGUUUCUCCACGCGAAGUUCGGAGGACACUCAGUUCAAUGGUAUAAACUCGACAUCAUGCAGCGAGCUCGCUUAAAUGGAGCUAAACGCGCACCUUCACGUUGGAACGCGUACGUCAAAAUGGAGGUACAAAAACUAUCCGGAGAUGGGGGGUUGACAAAGGAUGCAGUCCCCGGAGUUAUGAAGUCAUUGUCUCAACAAUGGGGAGCAAUGUCCAAGGAGGAACAGGCUGAAGCAACGAACAACGCAAUGAAAGACUUAGUAGAAUAUCGUGAAAUCAAGGAGCUCGCUGCUCACAACGCGCCGAUUAACGCGUUCCAUGACACACGUGCAAACCUUGAGAAGAUUGAACGUGACCUUGCUGCCCUACACGCGCGCACAAACAACGAGUGCCUUCUGAUCGUGGUCCGCUCCAGCAGCGACCAUUACAACAAACCCUUUCUUUUCUUCUUGAGUCCAAAGGUUGCCGACUUCAUCAAUCUAGCGUACAACCAGACAGGAGCCGACAUGGCUCUUAAACUCGAAGCCUACUGUAUAUCUGGAGUCAGUGGCUAUGUGAAGAACCAAGUCGAGGCGACGGCAUUGAUGAAGAAGGACACCGCUGCUCUAAUCAUUGAUAACCUCCGCAAGAUAACCCAUACGAACAUCCCUCGCAUGAUCUACGCAACGUUCGAAGAUUCCAUUACAUCGAAAUAUGGUGUCGUCGUCGAAGGCUGGCCACUGCCGAAGUUUUGUUCCCCUGCUGACCUCAGCUCACGAAUGGAAGUACAGGUUUUGUUUCGAGCUUGGGAAUCGGGCCAAGCGCGCUUCCGCCAGCUUUUGGAUGAUGAGUUGCAGAAGUGGGAAGAACGACGGUUUAACGAACGUAUGUCAAUGACGAACGCAAUGGAUCAGCAUAUGGAAGAACGUGCAACUGCAACACCCGGUGACAUGCCCAUCUUUGAGAGUAUGGAUACAGUGUACAUGCGGUGGCAGGUGAACGAGCUCAGUGUCAGUGGCAGCGGCGAACCUUUGGCGCUCGGGAAGAUCAACGGAGUCGGAAUGACCAUAGCUUUUGAUUAG